AUGCUUGGGAGUUGCCCGGAUGACUACAUCUACCAAGUCGAAGUCACAGCUCCUCUUCCGUCCAAAUUUGAUUUAUCUCUGGCUUCAUCGUUGAAGAUCCCUCCGCUCGAGCCUUUAUCCAUCGAUAUUUUCAUUGCAGACUACAUCUCCAACGUGUUUCCAUAUUUUCCACUUGUCGGCCUUGACGUCCUCCUCAGAUAUCAGAGGGACGUCCUCCGCGACGGACUCCAGAGUACGAUUGAGUCAGCCAUAUGCCUCUGUAUUAGCGCCUUAGCCGCCAUAACCACAUCAAAAUCGGGCGUGCCUCUUAGUGGUCAAUUCGAUCACGUGGGCUCAAUUUUCGUGAGUCCAGCACUGAAGAUCAUGAUGAACAUCUCCACGUUGUGCAUACAGCCUAGAGUGGAGCUAUCGGAGGCCUGGACGCUGGCUGCAGUAUGGUUUGCUUACCUCGGGCGGCCGCUGCAGAGCUGGAAGUGCAUCUCACAAGCCGCAACGAAUCUGCAGCAUCUGUUCCAUGGAGAUAGGAAGUCGAUAGGCUAUAAUGAGGAAGAGCUCUGCGUUUACUGGACGUGCUACGUGCUCGAAAGCGACCUCCGAGCAUGCUUCGAUCUGCCGUCCAGUUGCCUACAACAUCUCAAGAACGACCUUCCUCUUCCAAAUAACAGCGAUGAUGAAAUGGCCGAAGCAACUUUCCUUGCGGCUGAAGUCCAUCUCCGACAGCUGAUAAACAACAAGGAUACCCAGUGCGAAGACGAUCGUCCUGGCAUUGAUCUGCCACAAAACAUUCCCGGCGCAUUUCCAGAGGACGAGAUACCCCCGGAGAAACCGCCAGAGAAACCCCACAACAGCCUGCUCCGCAGGACGUCACAGUUGUUAUGCCAAUUUGACGAUUUGUUGGAACAGCUGCCCACAGAGAUCAAGCCGUCUCUCGAAGUAGUUGAAGCCACCAGUGAUCAGACGAAGAUGUUGCGCGCUAGGUACUAUGCUGCUAGAAUUGCAUUACAGCGGCCACUUCUAUUGUACGCUUCAGAAGAGGCCUCUAGCAACACGCCGGUCCCUCUAUUGGAGGCGUGUGAAGCGUGCGUCGAGGACUGCAGGCUUUUCUUGCUCAGCAUGAGCCAGGUUUUGCGCAAAAGGUCGCCUUACCUAUGGACGCUGUCUCAAACCGCUCUGGACGUUGUGCUGCUGCUUUGCGUGGCAUACUCAACUCCGCAUCUAAGCUUUCUGGUGGAAGAUCUGUCGGACGUUCAAGAGCUGGUCACCGCCAACCUGAGCCGGUGGUCCACUCCUGGCUCGGCCUUCGAAGCUGCUAUCGGUAUCAUUGAGCGGGCGAGGACAAAGCAGGGGUUGUUGCGCAACAGAGACAGCUAG